AUGUCCUUCCUGCCUGACUUUGGGAUCUUCUCCAUGGGCAUGUGGUCAGUUGGUCUUGGAGCCAUUGGUGCAGCUGUGACAGGAAUUGUUCUUGCUAACACUGACUUAUUUUUGUCCAAGCCAGAAAAGGCUACACUGGAGUUUUUAGAGGAGGUAGAGCUAAAAACUUUGGGACCAGAAGAAAGAACAUUCAAAGCAGGUGAACUAUGGAAGAAGAAUGGUGCAGUGAUCAUGGCUGUACGAAGACCUGGAUGAUUUUUGUGCAGAGAGGAGGCUUCUGAGCUGUCCUCUCUGAAACCCCAGUUGUCCAAGCUGGGUGUCCCUCUCUAUGCUGUUGUGAAAGAGAAGAUAGGGAAUGAAGUGGAGGAUUUUCAGCAUUACUUCAAAGGAGAAAUCUUUCUAGAUGAAAAGAAAAGCUUCUAUGGUCCACGCAGGCGAAAAAUGAUGUUGUCGGGAUUCUUCCGCUUUGGCGUCUGGCAGAACUUCUAUCGUGCUUGGAAAAGUGGAUAUAGUGGUAACCUGGAAGGAGAAGGAUUCACCCUGGGUGGAGUAUAUGUGAUUGGAGCAGGAAGACAGGGUGUUUUACUGGAGCAUCGUGAGAAAGAAUUUGGAGACAAAGUCAGCCUUCCAUCUGUCCUUGAAGCUGCUGAGAAGAUAAAAUCACAAGCUUCAUAA